AUGAAGGGGAGCAGCACCUUCCUGCUGGCGGCUGUCACCUUGCUCUGCACCUGCGGGCUGGUCCCCGGGGAGGACGAGAACGAGUUUUUCAUGGAAUUCCUACAAUCGCUGCUGGUGGGGUCCCCCGAGGAGCUCUAUGAGGGGCCCCUGGGAAAGUACAACGUCAACGCGGACGCCAAGGCGGCGCUGACUGAGCUCAAGUCCUGCAUAGACGGCAUGCAGCCCAUGCACAAGGCGGAGCUGGUCAAGCUGCUGGUGCAAGUGCUGGGCAGUCAGGACAGCGCCUAGCGGACCCCAGACGCGGCUACAAGCAGCUGUGGCCACACGGCCGCCCAGACUUCCGUGUGCGCCACUUCAUCCUC